CCGGCCUUCCGGAGAGGGUGGGGUUGGUAUAUAAUGCGCGGAGGUCGAGGUCGGUGUUCGGUUCUGGGCAUUAGCAUCGUCCGCUCGCGGCGCCCCGCCAGGUCUCCCAGAUUUGGCAUUCUACACUGAAGUCAUCAUGAGCUUUUUCCAAGUCCUGAUGAAAAGGAAGGAACUUAUUCCUUUGGCGUUUUUCACGACCGUGGCAGCGACUGGAGCUUUGUCUUUUGCUCUGUAUUCCCUUCGAAAACCCGAUGUGAUCAUUGAUCGAAAAAGAAAUCCAGAACCUUGGGAAACUGUGGAUCCUACUGCACCUAGAAAGCUUAUAACAAUCAACCAAGAAUGGAAGCCUAUUGAAGAGUUGCAGCAGGUCCGAAAGGCAACCAGGUGACCAGUCUUCGCCAUUUUCUUCCAAAGAGUACUCUAUGAAUCUAGUGGAAACACUUCUGCACAAACUAGAUUAUGGAUACCAGUGUGCGGAAAUGCUUCUGCUACAUUUUUAGGGCUUGCCUACGUUUUCAGAUUCUGGAUAAAGAAUUAUAAAGGUAGUGCAACAAUAACCACGUAGUCCCAAAAUAAGAUUCUAUGUUUAUUUUCUUGUUGUAAAUUUGUUUUGCGUAUUGAAACUUUUGUGUUUAUGAUGCCUGAAUGUUCUCCUUAAAAUGUAUAAAGAUCUGUUAAAUUUGAUUGUCUCCAAUAAAAUACCACUUG